GUCCGGCCAACAUGUAUUUAAAUAGCCUUGGAAGUAUUGGGAUUUUAAUAUUUUUUCUGUAAUACAUUGUGUACAUACUCUGUGUGUACGUCAGACGUACUGUAGUGAAAUUGACCAGCUAGUCUUCAGUGAAGUGUUAAAAUUGGAACAAAGAGACAUCCUUUUGUUCCGUUUUGUAGUGAAAUAAUCCUCUAAAGUCCUGGCGGAGUUUGUCAUGAGAUAAUGAAUAAUGUACCUUCGUUAUUGAUUCUGAUGUUUAUCUUGCGAGGACAAAUUUUUCUUCAACUUUGCGGUUGCUUUACUUGUUUGGAAUGAGGAUUACAUUAUCAUCAAACUUUUACUUGAGCGUCAAGUAAAUACUAGGCUAGAAAGUGAAGCUAAUGAACACUCAAGGGAAUUUUUGUUCACCCUAAAAGUUUCACCCUGGACAUCUUGUCCUUGGCAUCAUGGGAUAAGGGGCUGGAACCGAAGCAUCAACCAUGUCCUGUCGACUGACAGUCGAACAAAUCAGUCAAUGCAGACGAGGAUCGGAUAUUGAUCUCGAGGCUUUGUUUCAAGGACACAUAUCUGGUAAAAGAACUGAAGGAGUAAAAAGUAACCCUAUUUACCAUGACAAACAAAAAAGUGCCGACUCAGCAGAUGUCACUGCAAACGACUAUAACAUUACCGUGUACAACAGUUUUCCUCUGAAAAGACAAAGAAAUGUAGAUAUUGGAGAUCCACCUUAUUUACCUUCAGGUGAAGAAAACCCUAACUACAGUUCUAAUUCUGAAAUUACUAAUUCGACUCGAAAGGAAGAGAUGCAGCAUGAAAAUUUGAAAGUUUCCAGGGUUGGGGAUGUUGUGGUCGGCGAUAUAAUCAUCGAGACUGACUACAAAAAUAUUUCACUGAACGAAGAGGAUGUGAUAUCGGAGUUAGAGAAGAUGGCAAAGGGAGAGAAUCUGUGUGAGAACCUGAGUGACAACAACAAUGUGGAAAACUUGAAUCAGAAAGAGAAAGCAACGUUGUUGAAACAGGAAUCAGAGGAGAUCAAGUUGGAAAACUUGCAGGGUGAGAAUGAAAAUGAAAGAAAACACUUGUGGAAUGGACAUAAUGGGAAGCCUGCGAAGAUGAAUGGAAAUUUGAAUCAUAAGGAGAAUUCUGAUUGGCCGAAUAUUGAUGAUUUAGUUGUAUCCAAUGGGACGGGGUCUAAUAAUACCGGUCAGUGUGAGUGUCAGAAAUCAAGUGAGACUGAAUCUUUGAAGGAAAAGAAUGAAUCGUUACCUCAUGAAAAAAUGAAUGGUGUUGUUUCCAAUGGGAAAACGGACUCAAAUGGACUCCAUGUGAAUGGAAAAAUUCCAAAUGGCAGUGUGCAACAUAAUGUAAUUGUCAGUCAGUUGGUUGAAGAGGAAGAAUCCAAGAAAUCCAAAAAAUCAAAGAAAAAUUCUAGCAAAAAGAAAGUGAGAGAGAGGAAAAACUCCCUGCCUGAUCAUAUUUUGAACUCCCUUUCCAUGAAACCCAAGAAACCUAUCUUGGUUCCGGCUUUAUCUGAUGCAACUACAAGCUCAUGCUCUGAUGCAAAUCGAACAAACUCUUCUAUAACUGAGCAGAAGAGUGUGAAAUUUUCCAAAGACACUGUGUUCAAUGAUAACAAACCCAAUAAAUAUCGGAAGGAGAAGGUCAAAGACCCCACACGGAAUAAUGGGACUGUUAACUCAAACCCUGUGUUCGUAGAUGAUAACGGCUUCGAAAUCAGUUUGACAGAUGAUGAAAAAGUCCUUCAUUUUUCUAAUAACAGUGAUACCAAUAGCCAGUUGAGUGAACUGAAUAUCCCUGGUUACAUGAAGGAGUACGUGAUAGAAUCAGGAGACCUCCCUCCCACCACUGCUCACGCACCGCUAUCCCGAGCCAAACUGCAAGGUGUUGAGGACCUGGAUACCAUCACCACCGACAGUUCCUACCGAGACUUUGACCGCGCCAUGGCCAAACGGCACAGAAACAAAGUGAUCCGAUUGGUGCUGGCUUGUUUUGUCUUUCUCAUAGUUAUCGGGGUUGUUGUUUUACUGGUGGUCUAUUUCGGCAAGCCCCAUGCCCAGAGUUGAUGCAAAAACUAAAGGGAGACUGCAUAGUAAUAGAACUUCAAAGUAUACAACAAACUGAGGAUUUCAUUGGGUAUUAUUUAUAAGAUGUACAUAUAUAUAUAACCUUGUAAACUGUAUAUGUGUCUUACAAAUUGAAUGUCAUUCCAAUCUUUUUGUAUUGUAUGUACGUUCAUCUUCAUUGUUGAAUCUGAUAGUUGUAAAUAUGCAUUAAUUCUUUUUGGUGUUCUGAGCCAUGAACUCAAUUUUUGAUAUUAAAAGUGUUUUAUAUACAUGUCAAGAAAAAUAUACAAUAAAUUACCAUAAUGCAUGCAACACAACACUUGCAAAGAGAUUUUGAGGUAUGAAAAAACAACAGUUAAAUCAGGAAUUUUUCAUGGAGAAAGGCAGUAUAUAUUUAUAUAUUUUAGUAUUAGAAAACCCGUGUUAUUUUGAUAUGCAAAAUCCAUUGAAUUUAAGUGCAAUGGAUUUUGCAUAUCAAAAUAACACGGGUUUUCUAAUACUAAAAUAUAUAAAGAAAGAGACAAACAAUUAUCAAGAAAUUGUCAAAAAAUUAGAGCGAUAUCUUGAUAACAAAAAUUAAAUUUUAGUUACAGAUUUUCAAGUUUUUUGUCAAGUUUUGUUGCAAUUAUUUAAUGUCAUUAUAAAGCAGUUUUAAGAGAUUAGCAGCACAGAUGACCUGGGUCGUUCAUCAGAAUUUGGGAUCUAAGCUUUCUUUCGAAGAUCAGAGCUGUGAAGGGUGGUUUUUGUAUUUUUCAACUUUGUUAAUAACAAUACUUAGCAUUUUCACAUUAUUAUAAAUGCACCAGAUCUAGACUUGUUAUAUGCAUUACUACACAAAGAAAAAUAGGGUAUGUGUAUUCAUAAGCAUUUGAUGUAUGUCAUGGCUCAGAAAAAGGUGAUAAUUAAGUCUUUCAGAUAAAUUGGGUUACAUUUCAUGCAGGUCGUACUGUUAAACCUGAAAUAUCUUGGCCAAGUGAACCUCUAUAAAAAGAAUAACAUUCAUAUGAAAUUUUCAUGUGAAUUUUACUUUGCAUACCUAUCACAUGAAUUAGUAUUUUGAUUUUUGCAAAAUUCUUUUUGAAAAUAGUAUAUUCAUAUACAGUAACUGUAAUUCAUUUUAAUUGAAAUUCGACAUGCAAGUACUCUUUCCAUGUAAUAAAACAUAUUCAUAUGAAAUUCAUACGAGAUUCUUGCAUUUUGCAAUAUUGUAUGCAAUGUAUUAGCUGAGGUGUUAAAAUAUUGUAUGAGGGUUUUUGAAUUCAUUUUACUGUCUUCACCAGUUCAGAUUAACUUUGAAUGGUUGUGAUAAAUGAUCUCUAACAGAAAAAUCAUGGGGAAACCGGAAUCAGGAUUUAAAAAAAAAAAAAAAAAAAAUUAUCUUUUUUUUUUUAUACCAAUUGUUGUUAUAAUUUCAGACUAAAAAAAUAUAUAAUGGUAAAUAGCAUUUUGAAAUUUUGUUAAUCAGUUUGAUUUACAAAAAAAAUUGAAGAAAAAUGUACCAAUCCAUUAAAAAUGUGUUUCUUAAAUCAUUGAUACAAACUUUACUUUAUAUCUCUCAAGUUGCCUUGUUUGUAUUUCGAAGGAAAUCCUUUUUAAUACUAAGGAAAUCAUUAGUGAUGAGUGAUUACUAUGAGGAAAUUGAAUUCCUUAUGUUCAUUGUUAGAUACCUGUUGGAGACAAUUUGUAUUGAUGAAAAUCUACCCGAUAUACCGAAUCACUGCUUAGGAAGUAAUCAUUUUUAUGCAUUGUAAAAAGAAAAGUUGUUAAGGAUUAUUUUCCUUAAUUUCAAAAAGUUAAUUGAUUUUUUUUUUGGCUUAGCAAGGAACAUGUACCGGUAUUUAUUUCUGACUGCAUGUAACAUAUAUAAUGUCAUAAAGAAAAUAACCGAUCCCCAUCCCCUCCAAAAUAGAUUAAUUUUGAUUUAUUUUCUCUCAGUAUGACACAAAAACUCUAAGUUAUCAAUAUAAAGAUGCACAAUGUUUUAAGGACCCCCCCCCCCCCAAAAAAAAAAAACAAACCCCAUAUUAAAAACAAAUAUCUGUUAAUAUUUGAAAAUGGUAUAAAAUUAUUGAUUUUUCAUGUGGCGAUCAAGUUUAUCAGGAAUUCUCUGAAAGAUAAGGUGCUAGUUCAGUGAUAUCAAAUCUGUGCAAUGUAUACUAUAUGUUUUUGGUGUGCAUUAACUGGUACACUUACUCGUGUGCGAAAACAUUUACACCAUUGAGAAAAACAUUUUUUGACAGUAAUGUAUCAUUGAUUCACGUCAACUGUUUGAUUUGCAAAUCCAAACUAUUGUAUAUUGAUAUAUGUUUAUAUAUUUGUUCUUUAUACCUUGUUCAAUAUUAUUUAUCUAAUAAAAUCAUGAAAAGAAAAAAAUUCUCUCCUUUAUAUGAACCUAAUCUGUUAGGCCAAGGUCUGCUUUUUUUCUGUUGUCGAUAUAAUAAGUAAAGUUGUAAAUGUAUUGUGAAGAUGGGACAUCUGACAUCUAAAAAUUUUUAAAAUUUGGGGUUACUUGGAGAAGAUUUACAUCUCUGACUGGGUUAUGUGGUCUCUAGACUGGAGAGCUGUACAUCCAAGUUUCAUGAAAAUUAAUUUAUUAAUUAACUGAAAAAAUUUCAAAUUAAAUAUAGCUUUCCAAAUUUAUACAUCUUUCAGAUUCACAUUUCACACGUAAAUAUGCAUAUGCAUGGAUAUAAUACAUAGGGUAGUUGAAGAUUUAUAGCUUUAAAAAAAAUUGUCUUUUUCUAAUAUUUCCCCUUCUGAGCUACCUGCGACAAUUUCAGAAAUGUAAAGUGUUUGUACCCAUACAGAGGAUAACUAAUAAAAAAAAAAGAAAAACCAAGUCUAUAUCAUUUUCCUGUUUACUUCAGGAUUAUUUUGAAAUUCAUACAUUGUCAAAUAAUACAAAUUUAAACAUGUAUUCAUUAACCAAGUUUUAGGUGUAAAAAUAUACUUUUAUAUUGCAAUAUAGAUAGUAUUACAUAUAUUUACCAACACACAAAAUAAAUUUGCUACAUAUGCAAGUUGAUUGACUCUGGCCAACAUUUCAAAUAUGUAAAUAUGUGGAAUGAAAAAGUACUCUCUCUUGAUAUGUUAUAAUUUGUUCAAAGCAUUGGUGUACACAUUUGGAAUGCCUUUUUUUUGUUCAGUUCUCUUAUCACAGCCAAGAACAAUCAAAUCUAUGUGCAUGCCAUUUUAUGCAUGGUUUAUAGGGCAAUGAAUACCAGUACAUUUUCCUAGUACUCGUACUUAAAGCUCGUUGCAUAUGAAAUCUUUAAACUAAGCAUUCCUAUAGAAGAAG